CAGCAGUCGGCCCUGGCGCAGCCCGCGGCCAGCCCCUACCCCGAGGCGGUGGAGCGGCAGCGCCGGAGCCUGCCCAUCUUCCCGGCGCGGGGGCAGCUGCUGGCCCAGCUCCGGAACCUGGACAGCGCCGUCCUCAUCGGGGAAACGGGCUCUGGGAAGACGACGCAGCUCCCGCAGUAUCUCUACGAAGGGGGGGUCGGCCGCCAGGGUAUCAUUGCGGUGACCCAGCCUCGCCGAGUGGCUGCCAUCUCUCUGGCCACGAGAGUCUCCGAUGAGAAGAGAACUGAGCUCGGGAAGCUGGUGGGCUACACGGUGCGCUUCGACGACCUGACCUCAGAGGCCACCAGGAUCAAGUUCCUGACGGACGGCAUGCUUCUGCGAGAAGCGAUUUCCGACUCUCUGCUGCGCAAGUACAGCUGUGUCGUGUUGGAUGAAGCCCACGAGCGGACUGUCCACACCGAUGUGCUCUUCGGGGUGGUGAAGGCCGCCCAGAAGAGGAGAAAGGAACUGGGGAAGCUGCCUCUCAAAGUGAUCGUCAUGUCCGCGACCAUGGAUGUGGAUCUGUUCUCGCACUAUUUCAACGGAGCGCCCGUCCUCUACCUGGAGGGUCGGCAGCACCCCAUCCAGGUGUUCUAUACCAAACAGCCGCAGCAGGAUUACCUGCACGCCGCGCUCGUCUCCGUCUUCCAGAUCCACCAGGAGGCCCCUCCUUCUCAGGACAUCCUGGUGUUCCUCACGGGGCAGGAGGAGAUCGAAGCCAUGAGCAAGACCUGCCGAGACAUCGCGAAGCACCUCCCGGACGGCUGCCCCUCCAUGCUGGUCCUUCCUCUGUACGCCUCCCUGCCCUACGCCCAGCAGCUCCGCGUCUUCCAGGGGGCCCCAAAGGGCUGUCGCAAAGUGAUCAUUUCAACCAACAUCGCUGAGACCUCCAUAACCAUCACGGGAAUAAAAUACGUGGUCGACACAGGCAUGGUUAAAGCAAAGAAGUAUAAUCCUGGCAGCGGCCUGGAGGUGCUCGCCGUGCAGCGCGUGUCCAAGACCCAGGCGUGGCAGCGCUCGGGCCGGGCCGGCAGGGAGGACAGCGGUGUCUGUUACCGGCUCUACACGGAGGACGAGUUCGAGAAGUUUGAGAAGAUGACCGUGCCGGAGAUCCAGAGGUGUAACCUGGCGAGCAUGCUGCUGCAGCUCCUUGCAAUGAAAGUCCCCGAUGUGCUCACCUUUGACUUCAUGUCCAAGCCCUCUCCAGAUCACAUUCAGGCGGCUGUCGCCCAGCUGGACCUGCUGGGUGCUCUCGAACAGAAGGACGACCAGCUUACCCUGACUCCGCUGGGAAGAAAGAUGGCAGCUUUCCCUUUAGAGCCCAGAUUUGCCAAAACCAUCCUCCUGUCCCCCAAGUUCCACUGCACCGAGGAGAUCCUGACCGUCGUUUCUCUGCUGUCGGUGGACAGCGUUCUGUACAGCCCUCCGGCCCGGCGCGACGAGGUGCAGGCCGUCCGCAAGAAGUUCGUGUCCGGGGAGGGGGACCACAUCACGCUGCUCAACAUCUACCGGACCUUCAAGAACCUGGGUGGCAGCAAGGAUUGGUGCAGAGAGAACUUUGUCAACAGCAAGAACAUGAUGCUGGUGGCUGAAGUCCGAGCACAGCUGAGGGAUAUCUGCUUGAAGAUGUCCAUGCCGAUGGUGUCCUCCCGCGGGGACGUGGAGAGCGUCCGCCGCUGCCUGGCGCACAGCCUGUUCAUGAGCGCGGCCGAGCUGCAGCCCGACGGCACGUACGUGACCACGGCCACCCGCCAGCCGGUGGCCAUCCACCCCUCGUCCGUGCUCUUCCACUGCCGGCCGGCCUGCGUCGUCUACACGGAGCUGCUGCACACCGGCAGGUGCUACAUGCGGGACCUGUGCGUCGUGGACGCCGACUGGCUGUACGAGGCCGCCCCCGACUACUUCCGGAGGAAGCUGCGGGCGGCCCGCGACUGAGCCCCCGCGUCCCCCCUCCCGGGGUGGGGGGCUGGCGCUGGCAGGGCCUGGCGCCGGCGGGGCCGCACGACCCCGAGCCCGGAGCGCAGGGCCCGACGAUCCCCGAGCCCGGCGCGCAGAGCCUGGAGCGCAGAGCCGCGCGCUUCUGUUCAGCGGGUGGAAGCUGCAGCCCUGGGCGCUUGGUCCCCGCGGGGCGCUCCCCCCGGAACUGCCGCAGUUCCCCGACUACCGCAUGGGGGCGUAGUAGCGUUGUGCGAGGGUCCGGCUCAGGAGGCUUAGGUCCGCGCCGAGCCCCGGAUGGACAGACCGUUCGAUGCGGGCCAUCGCGCCCCGUGUGAAUCCCCGAGUCCCUGUGAUGGGGAGGAUUUCCUGGGAGGGGACUCUGCAGGGUCGCAGAGCUCAGAUGUUGUCCUUGGAUCUGUCCUCACGUUCUAGAAGUUUGAGGAGGGAAGCGCUGUUGGCUCUCGCCCUCCUGAACCUCACGCCCCUGGGCUCCAAGCGGGGCGGUCGAGGAGUGCUGACCUGGCGCCGUGGCCCCCAGCUGGGCACGUAUGACCCCGCGGGCCUGAGGACUGGCCGCGUCUCUCCCGGGUUGGGGCGGCUGGAGGGGGAUGGCCGGUGAGGACCCAGCCGCACCUGGGGUUCAUGCUCUUGCAUCUCAUUCUUGGUCUCAGUGCUUCUUCCUUCUUGGGGACAGGGGGACACAGCCUGGCUCUGCUCCUUCCUGCGUGAGCUGGUCCCCCCCUCUGGGCCUCAGGUUGCACGUCUGCCAGAGGGAGUCCCAAGGUCUCCAGUCUCUUCCCGGCCUUGUGUUCUCAGAAGGGGAGAGACACCAAAGGUUCCUCUUCGCUAUUUAAUUACCAUAAGCAAGUCAUCUUUUCCCAGAGAGUGUUUUGCCCUAAAAGAAGCCGAUUUAGCAUUUUUCGUGGGCUUCGUGGGUGUGAACACAGAUGUGCAGUAUUUCUGUCAUUCCUUACCCAGUGGACCAUGUGGCUCCAAAGCGGGGGCCACACUGCCCGGGGCACUCUGCAGAGACCGCGGGCGGUCUUCACUCUGGGGCGGGGGCUCGGCCUCUGGGUUGCUCCCCGCCCGAGCACCCCAGCGUCCGGCCAGAUACCCCGUCUUCCUGAUUUCUUAAGACUUUCAGCUGGCUCUUCCUCAGACCCCCUCGUUCUUUACGGUUGCUGACUUUCUGACGAGUUGUUCAGAAAAAUUUUUAAGUGUAUUUUGCUCAUUUCUUAAUAGAGGCCUAGGAUGUUCAGCCUGACUGGGGAAAGAAUACAUUGUAUUUUUAAUAAAAAGUGAAUCAUGCUGGUAAACAGUGGGGAGUGGGUGAUGACGUUCCUCAGUACGUUCUCUGGGGUUCCCUGGGGUUCUCUGGGGCGAGGGCAGCAGCCGCCCUGCUCAGUACCUGUUCGAGCGGGAGCCCGGGGCACAGAGCUUCCAACAGCUCUAACGUUUCUGUACAGAAAGACGAUCGUCGCUGCAACAUUCUGGCAGAGUUUUGAUACAGUAGUUUUUUUAUCGGGCUUUUUAAAAAGUUAAUUUUUAACCUAGCUGCUCAGGGAUUGAACCAGAUUGGAAACCCCAUUUUGACUACGAAGUUCUAUAAAGAAAGGAACGGCGGUUUAUACCGAGCUGCAGGGGACACCGCGCUUUCUUAAGAAAGUUCCGUGUUUCCUAUUGACGUUGCAUCGCCAUCCGUGAGAAGACCUCUGAGGUGAGAGGCCUCUUCCCCAGCCUGUGGCAUCUCUCCGGAUGAAUCACCAGCUCCCCCGAGCAGCCUCGUGGGGGGAGAUGCCCUCCCCGCAGACCGCAGGCCUCCCGUGCUCCCGGCGCAUGGCCCGUGAGGGACGAACCGCCGGCACCCAGCCCCUGACAAGAACCCUUCCUUGGGCGUCACCUCUGCAGGCUGCGGAGGGCGGGCAGGACGGAGGCCGGUUUUGCUCAGAGCUCCGUGCGCCCGCGUAGUCCCGCCGUCCCAGCGGCCUGACCAGGCCAGGCGUGACCAUGGGCUUCCUCUGGCGCGCCAGUGGGAAGCGAGGGCUUUAGAUUCCGACUGGACUAUGAGAACUUGCAGGAGAAAACCCCAGCUUUGCUCAGGUUUACGUUGUGUUUUGAGAGUCUUCUUGUUGGGACAGACGGCUCCGCGGAAUCAGCAGCUCCAGUAUAUAAUGCUCCACUGUGCGCAGGACUGUCAGAUCCAUUAAAGCUGAACCUUGUCCAU